AACCGGAAGUAGACACAGCUUGAACGUGCUUCAGUAACGUGUUUGUGGAGAGACAGAGAAAAGGUUCAGACUCUGUCACCAUGACGUCACUGGCCCACCAGCUGAGGCGCCUGGCGCUGCCGCAGAGCGACCCCGGCCUGCUGACCCGGGCAGAGGUCGCCUCGCUGCUCUUCGACCCCAAAGAUGCUGCGUCCAUGGACAAAACCAACUUCUACGCCCUCGGCUGCACAGGGCUGGAGGAGCUGCUGGGAAUCGAACCGGUGUUUCUGGAGUUCCAGGACACUCUGUUCAGCCGGGCCUCGCUGACGCUGGAGCGCAGUGUCCAGUCCAAAGAGGUCAACGAGAAGCUGGACGCCGGCAUCUCGCUCUUCCUCACCCGCCUCUCUCCGUACUUCCUCCUGAAACCAGCUCACAAGUGCAUCGAGUGGCUCGUUCACCGCUUCCACGUCCACCUGUACAACGCAGACAGCCUGCUGGCGUGUGCGCUGCCGUACCACGACACCAACGUGUUUGUCAGAGUCCUGCAGCUGCUCAGGAUCAGAGACGCCACCAACCGAUGGAACUGGCUGCACUGCCUGCAGAAACCAGGCGUGCCCCUGUCCAGAGGAGCUCUGAUCACUCACUGCUACACAGACCUGAGCUUCAUGGACUUCAUCUGCAGCAUGGUCACCAGGUCCAUCCAGGCGUACUCGGGUCACUCUGGAAGCUGCUCUCAGCUCAGAGUGAUCUUCUCCUUCUACGCGUCCACCAUCGUCCCCACGCUGGACGCCGUGGACAACGUGUCGGACACCAUCAUCUCCAAACUGCUGCCCUACGUUCAGAGGGGCCUGAAGUCGCCGCUGAGCGACUACAAAGCCGCCUCCUACAUGAUCGUGUGCCAGCUGGCAGUGAAGGUGGUGAUGGAGGCGAGUCUGGUGGACAGCCUCGCCGUGCACAUCAGCAAGUCGCUGGUCAAAGAGCCGGUCCUGGCUCGAGAAGGUCUGGGCUGCCUCAUCGUGCUGCUGCAGAACCAGAAGGAGGGCGCCGCCGGGCCCAGAGCUUUCACCCGCCUCUGCUCGAUGCCGUCCCUGGCGUCCACUCUGCAGGUCAUGGCGGCGGUUCACGAUGUCAGUCCACUGCUGCGUCAGCUGCUUCCUCACCUGAUCCACCACAUGUUCAGCUCAGGUGAGAACAGGAACCACCGGACAGGAGGGUGGUGCCACCGGACAGGAGGGUGGUGCCACCGGACAGGAGGGUGGUGUCACCGGACAGGAGGGGGGUGUCACCGGACAGGAGGGGGGUGUCACCGGACAGGAGGGUGGUGUCACCGGACAGGAGGGUGGUGUCUCUGGACAGGAGGGUGGUGUCACCGGACAGGAGGGUGGUGUCACCGGACAGGAGGGUGGUGCCACCGGACAGGAGGGUGGUGUCACCACCGGACAGGAGGGUGGUGUCUCUGGACAGGAGGGUGGUGUCUCUGGACAGGAGGGUGGUGUCACCGGACAGGAGGGUGGUGUCUCUGGACAGGAGGGUGGUGUCUCUGGACAGGAGGGUGGUGUCACCACCGGACAGGAGGGUGGUGUCUCUGGACAGGAGGGUGGUGUCUCUGGACAGGAGGGUGGUGUCACCGGACAGGAGGGUGGUGUCUCUGGACAGGAGGGUGGUGUCACCGGACAGGAGGGAGGUGUCACCGGACAGGAGGGUGGUGUCUCUGGACAGGAGGGUGGUGCCACCGGACAGGAGAGUGGUGUCACCGGACAGGAGGGUGGUGCCACCGGACAGGAGAGUGGUGUCACCGGACAGGAGGGUGGUGUCACCUCGGUGUCACCGGACAGGAGGGUGGUGUCACCGGACAGGAGGGUGGUGUCAGAGCAGAGCUGAUGUUGUGUCUUCUGGUUCCAGGUGAAGCGGAGACGGAGCAGCUCGGCGUCCUGGAGUCCGUCCUGGAGUCUGUCCCUCUCAGCAGAGGCCUGGAUCAAACUGUGGCUCGUUUGCUGCUGGACGAGUAUCUGACUCAGACCGAGCUCUCUGCUGAGAACCUCUGUGCCCUGGACCAGCGGCUGCUGCCUCUGGUCCGACUGUUCGAGUCCAGAUACUGUGGCGCUCUGGACGGCGUCCUCUCGGGUCACGUGACCGACCUCAGCAGCCCUGAGCAGAAGCAUCUUUUCCACCAGUUCAUUUCUCUCUCACUGAGCAGUGGGAAGUACCAGAUUCUGGGCGACUCGGACACGUCGCUGCUCCUGAGUCUGAAGCACCCGGUGCCUUCAGUCAGAGUCUCUGCUGUGGAGCACCUGAUGAGCAUCAUCACCUCGGGACAGCAGAAGAGUCUGGACGAAGACUUCCUGAAAGACGCCGUGAUGGACCGUGUGAAGGACGACGUCCCCGAGGUGGUGGCGGCUGCUCUGAAGGUCCUGGAGGUUUUGUUGGAUGUUCUGGAUCCUGAAGAAACGUUGUCAUGUUUAAUGUCACUGAUGCUCAGAGUGGACCUGUGUGUGUCCGAGCACUGGCUGCCGGUGCUGACAGAGGCGGUGCGUUUACUGUCCGACCCGCGGCUGGGAAAGGGCGACGUCGAGUGGCUGCAGAGAACCGGCUGGAGGCUGCUGCCCUUCCUGGUGGUCACCGGGGCCCGGCCCGACUCCGCCCAGCUCAGCCUCGCCUCCUCCGUCGCCCGGUCCUCCGUCCUCGCCCAACACCCGCUCACCUUCAACUGGGCUGAAGAAAUGGACGAGGCGACCAAGAGAAGCUCUGAACACGGAUUCGUGGGUUUGGUCAACCAGCGCCUCAUCUCCACGUUGACCAAGAACCUGGCGAACAUGGAGCACUUCUCCAAACGAGACGCUUUGGAGAAGUUGGUUUCUCUGGUGGAGCAGCAGUGGAGCUCCGGCCUCAGAGGGAGGACGUCCUUCCUGGUUCUGACCCGGACUCUGCUGCUCGGCCUGGGGGAGCUGGGCGAGACGCAGCACCUGCUCACCGCCCAGAGGGUCUUCACGCUGCUGGAGCGCCCCCUGCUGGAGCUCAUCGCCGGAGACGAUGACGUCCAGGACGCGAGUCGCCCGGUGUCCGCCCCCCCCUCGUUCCACGAGGCGCUGACCUUGUACCUGAGCAGGUGUGAGCAGCGGCCGGGGGGUCGGCUCGCUGCAGAGCUCGGCCUCGUCCUCUUCUCUCUGCUGCGGGACUUCAUCUCCACUCUCAAGUGCGACGACGCCUCCUUCAAAGGUGAGGUCUGGUGGAACCCGGAGAAGAUGGACACCAACACCUGCUGCUACCUGGGAUUAAUCUGCCGCCUCUUCAGCGUGGUCAUCAGCGGCGCCGGAGACGGGCCGACCGCCGGGAGCUUCAGGGACAUGAUGAAGCUCCUCGUCCAGGUUCACGUGCCGGAGCCUCUGAUGCUCUUCAGGUUCCUGUGCCUGGUGUGGGGAUACGGCAGUAACCACGGGGACCAGCUGGACGUGAAGGUGGACGCUGUCCUCCAGACUCGGGCUCUGUACAUGGGCCGAGCGGUGCUGAGCGUCCAGCCCGCCACCGUGCUGCAGGAGCUGGCGGCGCCGAACUCCCCCGUGGUCCCGUCCCUGCUGUGUUGUCUCACCUCUCCGGUCCGGGAGGUGCGGAGGGUGGCGCUCGGCGCCCUGCAGAGCCUAUCAGGAGCUGACUCUCCCUUCCAGCCAAUCACAGAGAAGCUGCUGAAGACCUCGGAGGAGAUUGUCGCUGACCCCGCCUACUUGAGCUUGGCGCUCGGCGUCCUUCACGAGGACAGCCUGUCGUGCAGCGUGAAGUCGCAGCAGCAGAAGCUGCAGGCGUCCAUGCAGCAGCUGCUGCUGAGCGUCCAGACGCCAUGUUGUCCCUCGUACAGCGCCGCCGUCCUGCUGAGAGCGCUGAGUCAUGUUAACGGACAGCCGGUCCUGUCCACCCUGCUUCCUGUUCUCGACCGGCUGCUGGAGCAGAGCGGCCCCGACACGCCCACCCUGCUGCGGGCCGAGGCCACGCUCAUCCAGCUCAUCCUGGGGAAGUACAACGAGGCGUCCGCCGCCAUGUUGCCUGAGGACCAGACCUGUCUGGACCUGUUCAUCAGAGCUCUGAAGACGUCCACACAGCCGCACCCGGACAUCGCCAGCUGCCAGAUCAGCGCUCUGGAACAGAUAACGAAGUCCUUCUUCUUGGCCCUUGGAGAAGAGAAGGUGCAGCAAAAGCUCUUGACGGUGAUAUUCGACGUGUUGCUGGAGAGCAAGAGCCCCCUGGUGGCCAACACUGUCAGCAGCAUAUUUAAAGGGCUCGCAGUGGACAGUCAGCUCAUAGCCAAUGAGCUGUCUCCACCAGAGAAGCCCAGAGUCAGUGUGACGGUGCAGCAGACCCGAAGGAGCACAAUGAGUCUGAGGAAACCUCAGGAGAGCAGCGAGGGGUGUCCAGAGGGGGGCGCUGUGCCGUGGCAGAGAGUCACGCUGAUCCUAGAGCUGCUGCAGCACAAGAAGAAGCUGAAGCGAGCUCAGGCGCUGGUGCCGGUUCUGUUCUCUCUGCUCUCACGGAGUCUGGAGCCGUGUUCAGGAGGUCACGCCAACAUGGAGUACACCAAGCAGCUGCUGCUCAGCUGUCUGCUCAACGUGUCCCACAAGCUGUCUCCUGAUGGACGACCGCUGGGGCCUGACGUCCUGGAGGAGGAUAAGUUCAGCGUGGAGCUGGUGGUUCAGUGCAUCAGAACGUCCGACAUGCCGCAGACGCACCACCACGCUCUGCUGCUGCUGGGCGCCGCCGCCACCAUCUUCCCCGAGAAGGUCCUUCACAACAUCAUGCCCAUCUUCACCUUCAUGGGAGCCAACAUCAUGCGUCUGGACGACGCCUACAGCUUCAGGGUCAUCGACAAGACGGUUCAGAUGGUGAUCCCGGCGCUCAUCAAGGCUCACCAGCUCUCUGACGACCCGUCGUCGGCUCACGUGCACGCCGUGGUGGCGAGGAUCAUGCACGUGUUUGCCGACGCGCUGCCUCACGUGCCCGACCACCGGCGGCUCCCCGUCCUUGUCCAGCUGAUCACCACGCUGGGCCCCCGCCGCUUCCUCUGGGUCCUGAUGCUCCUCCUCUUCAAGCUGCACGCCGAGCAGACCGCCAGCUCCGUGAGCGAGAAGGAGGCGUCACUGGACAGGGACGUAGAUUUCUGGAUUUCUCUGUGCUGUCAGUUCGAGGUGAGCGAGCAGCUCGUCUCUCUCAUCAACAUCCUGAACUUCCUGCAGCAGCUGCCCAACGAGAAGGACGACGCUCCAGUGAAGCGCAGAGGAGCCAAGAAGCCGGAGGAGGACGAGGAGAAGCUGGAGGAGCUGAUCUUCAGUGUGGACGCUCACAGCAGCAAAGAGCUGAGACACUUCAAGUUCCUCUGCGUCUCCUUCAUGGCUCAGCUGCUCGGCUCCAGCAGCUUCGUGGGGAAGGUGGCUGAAGGCGGUGACGUGGUGGACGAGUCUCUUCAGCAGCUGCAGCAGAGGCUGCUGGAGGAGAACCUGCGCUUCAUCCACAGCGUCGCUCGCUGCGUCGAGGAGAACGCCGCCAAGCCCACCGCCAAGUUCUGGAGAGUUCUGCUCAACAAGAGCUACGACGUCCUGGACAAGGUGAACGCUCUGCUGCCCACAGACACCUUCAUCGCGGUGAUGAGGGGGCUGAUGGGAAAUCAGCUGGUGUCCGUCAGGAGGAAGGCCAUGGAGCUGCUGAACAACAAACUGCAGCACCGGACCCGGUGGGACGUGCAGCAGGUCAACAUGUUCCUGCAGCUGAUCGGAGACCUGCUGAGCAUCGUGGGUAAGAGUCACAGUCAGGUGACGGAGGAGGCGGAGCACGGCAUCAACCGACAGACGGCGCUCUACAGCCUCAAACUGCUGUGUCGCACGUUUGGCUCCGGCCACCAGGAGGCGUUCGUCCCCGUCCUGCAGCAGGCGGUGGAGAUGGUGUCGUCGGCAGAGGAGGAGAAGAACGUGAUGGGCAGCGCUCUGCUCUGCAUCGCCGAGGUGGUCAGCACGCUGAAGGCCCGCGCCAUCCCUCAGCUGCCCAGGUUGAUGCCUGCAGUGCUGCACACGCUGGCUAACAGGAAGGAGCUGCUGACCAAUGAGAUCUACCUGCUGAGCGCCGUCACCGCCCUCCAGAGGGUCACCGAGACGCUGCCGCACUUCAUCAGCCCCUACCUGCAGGGCAUCACGUCCCAGGUGUGUCGUCUGACUCGUCUGGUGGACUCGUCUUCUUCGUCCUCGUCCUCGUCCGUCCAGCUCUCGGUGCGUCUCUCGUCCCUCAGGACCGUCCUGGCCACCCAGCUGCCCCCCAGGGUCCUGCUGCCCAACCUGUCCAGCUGCUACAGUUCCAUGGUCGUCGAUAAGAAGGCUCACCUGGGGGCGCUGCUGAGCAUCCUGAAGGAACACAUCACUCACAUGGAGAAAGAUCAGCUGAGCUCCCACCAAUCGGAACUCACCACCUUCUUCCUCACGGCCCUCGACUUCCGCAACGAACACUGUCAGGGCGAUCUGGAGAAGACGUGGGAGACAGAGGGCUGUGUGAUCGACUGCCUGAUGGCCAUGGUGCUGAAGCUGUCCGAGGUCACCUUCAGGCCGCUCUUCUUCAAGCUCUUUGAUUGGAGCAGAUCCGACAGCGAGGAGCGUCAGCUGACCUUCUACCGACUCUGCGACGCCAUCGCCGAGCGACUCAAAGGACUCUUCGUCCUGUUCGCAGGAAACUUAGUGAAACCGUUCUCAGAUCUUCUCCGAAGGACCAACCGCUCGCAGAAAGACGAGCCGCUCUUUGAGUCGGACGGCGUGAAGAACCAUCUGCUGCUCCAGCUCGUCCUCAGCUGUCUCCAGAAGAUCUUCCUGUACGACACACAGAGGUUCCUCAGUAAAGAGCGAGCCGACGCCCUCAUGAAGCCACUGGUGGACCAGUUGGAGAACACAGUGGGGGGUCAGCAGCAGUACCAGCAGAUGAUGACUCAGCACCUGGUUCCGUGUGUUGGUCACUUCUCUGUUGCUCUGGCUGACGACGCUCAGUGGAAAACUCUCAACUAUCAGAUUCUACUGAAGACGAGGCACAGCGACGCCAAGGUCCGGUUCUCGUCUCUGCUGGUUCUCUUGGAGUUGACAUCGAAGCUGAAAGAAAACUACAUGGUUCUGCUGCCAGAGACCAUCCCCUUCCUGGCUGAGCUGAUGGAGGACGAGUGUGAGGAGGUGGAGCAGCAGGUUCAGAAGGUCGUUCAGGAGAUGGAGAACAUCCUGGGGGAGCCGCUUCAGAGCUACUUCUAACACACACACACACACACACACACACACACACAAUGUCAUGGAGUCGUUUGUCAGAUUUAAAUUUGUCUUCCUGAUAUUUUGACAUAAAUUUAUAACCAUUUUCCGACUCCUCCUCUUUGUCUUUCACUUGUUUUGUUGUGUAUCUGAGGAAGUAGAGAUGUUGUGAUCGACCAAAAUAAAUCUGAUAAUUUCUUCA